AUGGUCUUCGCGGCCCUGUUUCUCGCCGAAACCAUUACGCCGUUGCUGGUCUCAUUCGUCGAGGUCAUGGUGUCUGGCGGCAGCUGGCUGAAGAGCAGGGUGCGCCAGAGGAAGAGUGGCACAACCGUCAAGACGCGGAGCGAAGAAAUAGAGGCUUUUAGGAAGAGAAGCACAAUUCAAUACGACAAAGCUGGCAAACCAAGGGAAGAAAUGGCCAAAUUCGACUUUCUCCGAUCCGUCGGCGCCACGAAAGAGGCCGUCGCCGUCCUCAACGACCAGCCGUUUCUCUUCACCAACCUCAUCGUCGUCCUCGUCGGCCUCGGCGUCCAGGCCGCCCUGCUGUGGUACAUUCACUACGCCACGCUCAAGCCGGGGCAGAAGAAGAAGAAGGAGAAAAGGGUCGGCGCGGCCGCGCCUGCUGGGAGGGGAGGAGACAAUGCGAGGAAGUAG